AGUUUCGUGUUCAACAUCUUUCCUAUUUCAAAGAUUGCUAGAAUAAUCGGAUGUUUGUUUAUUUUUACAAGAUCUGAUUCAAAGUUAUUGCAUAAUUUGGCAAACAUUCCUUUAUCAUCGGAACAUCUUUAGUUAGAUUAAAUAACCUGAUUCUAGUGUAGAUCUGGAUGGUAACUUUUAACAUGCAGUCGCUAGUGAAAAUGGAGAAAUCGUUACUUUUCCAAUUGCAUUUCAUAGGAAUAAUAAUCUUAAUUUUUCUGUCCGGGACUUCAGCAAUAAAUGAAAAGGACAAAGUGGUUGAUGCUCCCCUACUCGAUACCGAAAAAGGAACUCUGGUUGCAACGAUUGAUAUGUCCAGUGCCAAUGACCGUAUCAAAGCAUACAUAUCGGAAGCUAUUGAAAUGAAAAUGUCAGAAUUGUUUAAAAUGAAAUUACAAGAGGUUUUUGGUGCUUUGAAAAUAGACCAGGAUCUGAAACUGUACAUUGAAAAUGUGAAAGCAAAUCUAUCAUUAGAAAACGAGAUUAAAAAGUAUGUUGACGGUUUGAAACAGAAAGUGCCCGACAAUAUAUCUGAAGAAGAAUGCAGUGUUCCAUACCGUCGGGUGGGCAAAGGAUGUUAUCUUAUACAAAUAGAUAAAGUAUCCGGUGAUGCUGCUUUUGCAAAAUGCUUACAACUGGGAGCUUACCUAGCGAACUUUGAAACCAUCAACGAGGCAAUGUUAAUGCAGUUCGAACUCGUAAGAAUGAACACAGGUGUGCACUACUAUAUCGGCGGACGAAAUAUCAAUAGAUAUAAGCAAGAUGGUGAUUGGAGAUGGAUAAAAAAGAACGGAGAGAUGGUCCAGAUGAAGUACUUUGCAUUUGAUAAAGGAGAACCAAAUGGAAUUAAUAGCGCUCCACAGGAUUGCAUGUUUUUCUAUGCCUCUAGAAAAUACAAGUUCCAUGCCGUCUGGUGCGAAAACGGAAACUUGCUUGGUGGUUAUAUUUGCCAAAAGUAGAUUAUAAUUUAAACACUUUUUUAUAUGAUAAUAUCAUAUUAAAGGAAGAAGUUUUGCUAAAAUUUAGUGUUACAACUCAGAUUAUUAAAGUGCAGUACUAAGUUUG